AUUUAGUCUGUGGCGAGCUUUCGAACGGUGCGGAUCUUCUCUCUUGGCCUAGUCGGUGGACCGAGGCUGUCGUCGUUUCUGCAGUGUAAAGUACAGAAAAGUGGCUUGGAGUGGUGGCGCGUGGAAGGGAUUCAAACGGGACUUGAAGACCCCAAGGAAGAGGUCUUCUGGAUGGGUUUCUCUUGCUGUGCAGCAAACUAGCGCGUGACAAAUAGUGGCACAGACGAGCCGCGGGUGAAAGGCUGGAUUUGUAGUGCAAGGCUGUGUGGAUUAGUGGUUUAUGACCAGUAGGGUCAACGAUUGCUCGGGCUCUCGAUUGAAAGUGAGAUUCUGGAUUUCAAAAUUCACCGUGAAAGUCUGGCUAGAAAAGUGACAGUGGUGCUUUUUUUCUCUCCUGCUCGGGAGCAGAGUUGUCUUGUCCAAGUGGACGCUGGACGCGAAGUUAUCUCCGCUGGUGGAGUGUAGUGGAGUGAAACCGAGUGGUGAAGUCGAGAAGAACUAGAGUAGGACGGAACGGCACGAAACCGUUAAGAUGCUGUCCGGACGAGGGUUUAUCGUUGUGGCUGGAGCACUGGCGAUCUGUGGUAUCGUGUCCAGCGUAGAUGCCCUCCAGGGAUAUUACGGCACCAAAAUCGGUGAUCUAACCCAGCUGCAUCAUGGAGUAUCAGGCUCAGUGUACGCCGUCGAUGCGCGAACCAUAUUUCUGAAGAAUUUCAAUUACGACGGAGAAGGUCCAGCUGCGUACUUCUACGUGGGAAACACUCGUGCACCCAGCAACAAAGGGGCCCACCGUUUGCGGGAUGAGCGCGGUCGUUCCGGGGUGCUGCGAAAGUACCGCAACGAAGACAUCACCCUGUCGCUGCCGGAGGGAAAAACCCUUCGGGACAUCCGGUGGUUCUCGAUUUGGUGCGACGAUUUUAGUGUCAACUUCGGCGAUGUCGUCAUUCGGAACGAUUUGGAUUUUCCUAGGCCGACCAAAAUCGGACAGCUGGGCGGAGUGCACGACGUUAGUUCGGACAACAUUGUGAUCGUCGAUGCGCAGACGCUGCUGAUACCGAACUUCAACUACGAUGGAGAAGCUCCAGACGCGAAAUUUUGGGUUGGCCGUGGCCCGAAGCCCACCUCUCAGGGUAUCCGAAUUCCAGACGAAAACGGCAAGGAAACACCGCUGCGUCGCUACGAUAAAAAGACCAUCGUCCUAACUCUACCCGGGGACCUGACCGUGUUCGACAUCGGACAUUUCGGCGUGUGGUGCGAAGCGUUCACCGUCGACUUCGGGCACGUACGCAUCCCGGACCAGGUCAACGUGCCUCCUUCGCUGAAGAUGCUGGGCAUCAGCCCCCAGGUAAAGAAUCCUAACAAUAACAACAGCAACGUCAAUCGGCGCCGUCAACCGGCCGCACAACAGCAGCAACAAAAUAACGAUCCGGGAGUCUUGGAGUACGUCGGAUCACUGUUCUAUUGAUUGAAGUAGAUGGCGAUCGGAAACGGCGACUAUGAGCUCAACUCUGGUAUCACUUCCCCAUGUUCGAUCGUUUCCGUUGUAGGUAAUAGCGUUGAAAUCAAUCUCCACUAACGGUCGACGACGGCUGAGAUUGAUUAAUUGCCUACGACAGGGCCAACUUUCCUUCAGCUUCGCUCUCUACGGAAAAAAUGUCUUAAAGUGGUACCAUUAAUCAAUUAAAUAGAUUACGAUAAAUACUAGCGGUAAUUACACUAUUAGUUUGUAGUUUUUUUAGGAUGGGAAAAGAGGUGAAUAUACAACAGCCAUACAGCUGUUGGCAAGAAAGGAAAAGAAACCGCGAAACUGGCAGAGCAACAAAUCGCAACACACAAUCUCAGCACGAUCAAUUGUAAAUAGCUUGUAAACAAUUCACAUCGAGUCUCAUUUUAGUAACCAUUUUAAUACCAAUCCUAGCGUUGUAAGCAUUUGAAAGUGACAUUUUUAUAACUCUCCUGAACACAUUAAAACAGCAAGGAAAUUCAUGACAGUGAAGUAAAUAAACAGUUCUUGUACGAUUUCGUGUACCAAGAAAAGGCUCGUUUUUAUUGCUCUAAUGGUAUCAUGUUGUAAAUCGAAAUCACUUCACCUUCUCACUUGUACACAAAGCACAGUACCCUCAAUUAACCAAUCCAACCGCAUAACCAACGAUCAUGAUAAUUUGCACUCGACUGUCGACUACUGCCAGCGAACGACAUCAACGGAAGCAUCAAUCCACCCAAAUAGCGCCAUUUGUAACUAAACCAAUGCAUCGCAUCAUAACCAACAAUGGAUGAAACCAUUCGCACAUAGGCUGGGUGCUUACACGACCGAUAGUGGCCGACUUGUGACUGAAAGUCGGAUAAAACCUUCUUUGCAUCCCAU